CUUGAUCAGAUAACAUGAUGAAGAUUGUUAUAAAUGUGGUCACUGAGGACCCUGUUAUAUAUGAACUUGAUCCAUCACAGUAUGGAAAGAAUCAUCUAAGGAAUUAUAAUAUUUUUUUUAUUUUUACAAGUUAGUUUUAUUUUUAAAAGUUAAUUAAUUUAAUGGGGUGAUGAGUUUUUUCUCUUACAGGAUCAUAUGCUGAUAUGGCAAAAGAAGCUGAGGAAUUGCAAAUCAGCCAAGAAUAGAAUAGGUAAAAGUAUUCCAAGUCUUUGCGAAUAUGGUGGGAUCAUAAUAUAAGGCUUUCUUCUAGUUUUUUGGCUGUUUGAAUGUUUCAGUUUCACAUGCAAAAACAGAAACCGAAAGAUCCCAACAGAGACAAAGCAAGAAAUCAUAUACCCUCCUCUGCCAUUUUUUUUUUGGUUAUUAGAUAACUUGGCAGCAACAAAGGAAAGAUGGUAGAGGAACCAGCGGAUGCUUUUAAUCCUGAGUUGGUCAAUGAAAUUAAGGCUCGUGAUACUGAACAUGAUCAUAAACACUCCUCCUCCUCCUCCUCCUCCUCAUCCUCCGAUUCUGAGAUUGAUAACUAUGUUGCCGUGCAAUCUGCUCAAAAGAACCGUCUAUUUGGCCGUCAGAAGCCUCUCCAUUUGGUCCUUGGCGGUGGAAAACCUGCUGACAUUAUACUGUGGCGGAACAAGCAAGCCUCAGGUUGUGUAUUUGCUGUGGCCACAGUCCUGUGGCUUCUCUUUGAGUGUGCUGGUUACACUUUGCUUACUUUUCUCUGUCACUCUCUCAUUCUUUCUUUUGCAACUCUCUUCCUGUGGUCCAAUUUAGCCACCUUCCUCAAUAUGUCACCUCCAGAAUUUCCCAGGAUUACCGUGCCAGAAGAUCUGCUUGUGGCUAUUCUUCUUUGGCUGAGAGGUGAAAUUAACAGGGCAUUCUUAAACUUUCGGGAUGUAGCUUUAGGGAAGGAUUUGAAGAAGUUUCUAUCGGUGAUUGCUGUGUUGUGGGUUAUCUCUGUUGUUGGCAGUUGGUUCAGCUUUUUGACCCUCUUUUACUUGGUGUUUGUGAUGCUCCUGACAAUGCCGAUGCUGUAUGAGAAGAAUGAAGACGAUGUCGAUACAUAUGCUGAGAAGGCAUGGAUUGAAAUAAAGAAGCAGUAUGCAGUGUUGGAUGAGAAGGUUAUCCAGAAGAUACCAGUAAUUAUUUCUCAGAAGGAUCACAAGCAGCAAUAAGAACUGCAAGAUAAUUUAGUUCUUUCUUACUUUUUUACCAUUUGUAAGUUGUUCAUGGAAGGAAUUUGAAAAGACUAGUACCACUUAUCAUCUUUGUAAGCAGGAAGCAGAUGUUAUGCAUAUUGGAGAGCGAGUAAAUGCAUAAAUAUGCAUUCUUUGUUCU